CUCUCCCAUCCUACUUUCCCAUUGAUCUCGGUUUGGCGAACUGCGUAUUUGAGCUUUUUUGACACUAGUUCCUCGCCGGUAGCUUAAGAUGGACUCGCUUUUCGUUAAAGAUGAUCAAGUCCCGGUUACUCCGUUCAGUAGCUAUACACCGCGCGUUGCGAUUGUUACAGGAGCUGCACAAGGCAUCGGGUAUGCCGUUGCUCACAGACUCGCUGAUGAUGGAAUCGACAUCGCCGUCAACGAUAUUACCUCAAAACGAGACCAGAUCAAUAUCGUUGUCGAGGAGUUACGCAAUAAAGGUCGGCGUGCAAUUGCCGCACCAGGAGACGUAUCCUCUGAGGUGGACGUGAUUUCCAUUAUCGAGAAAACAGUGCAGGACCUAGGAGGCGUUGAUAUUAUGGUUGCGAACGCGGGAAUCACUCAAUUUUGUGGCUUUCUUCACACUAGCAUUGAGACUUAUGAUAAAAUCCUCGAUGUCAACGGGCGUGGUACUUUCUUGUGCUUCAAGUAUGCCGCACUACAGAUGAUAAAGCAAGGUCGGGGUGGAAGAUUGAUCGCUGCAAGUUCUUUUCUGGGAAAACAAGGAGCACCAAAUUUGAUAGCUUAUGCGGCUUCUAAGUUUGCCGUGAGAGGAAUAGUGCAGACUGCCAGUAUCGAGCUAAGCAGACACGGUAUUACAGCGAAUGGAUAUGCGCCUGGAUCAAUCCGUACGAAUAUAGUAUGCUGCUGCGAUGAGGCCGUUCGCAAGUUUUCCGCUUGGAGAGGCUGAGGAUAUCGCAAGCCUAGUGUCAUAUCUGAUAAAACCCGAAUCUUUCUUCAUCAAUGGACAAACUAUCUCUGCUAAUGGAGGUAUUCAUUUCGAUUGAAGAUUCACAAACAAAUGGGGAUGUGCAUAAACUGGAAUUGUCUGGAAUUGUCAAGAAUAUAUAUCUUUUUCUUGCUAGUAAAUGUACAUGUAUGCAUCCUUUGCGAAAUGGCUCGCUCCAUCUUGCUAUGCCUGGCCUAUCUGGCGAUUGUGUUUAGG